AUGGAUACAACACGUCUCGAGCUUGGCCCUCCGCCAACUAGCAUUCUGGACAAGCAGGAAAUCGAGUCAUCGGCUACUCCUUCCCGAUCGGACUUGAGUGUUGGGCUGCCCCCGGUAGACGGCGGGCUCCAGGCCUGGAUCUUUGUCGGUUCCGCUACGGCGUUAGACGUUCGUUUGGGGGAUCGAGUCGCCUUUGGCACUUAUCAGAAUUAUUAUACCUCGUCCAAUGAUUCCCCGAUUCUGGGUUCUAGCAUUUCUUCCGUCGCGGCGAUCGGGACGACCUACCUGGCGACUCAGUACAUCCUCGGCUUCCUGCUCAUGCCCCUGCUUAAGCGGUAUCCGCAGCACGUACGCUUAGCUCUCUGGGUUUUCCUCGCUAUCGAAUGUGUGAGUCUUAUCAGCGCCAGCUUCGCGACCCAGACCUGGCACCUCAUCCUCCUGCAAGGAAUCAUCCCCGGAAUCGCCGGAGCAGUAUUCUACGGCCCUGCACUCCUGUGGCUCUCCCAAUGGUGGGUAGAACGCUGCGGCCUCGCAUGCGGGAUCAUGUUCUGCGGCACCGGAGCGGGGGGAGCGAUCUUCCCCCCUAUAAUCGGUGUCUUGCUCCAGCAUCUCGGGUUCCGGUGGACACUUCGGAUCUGGGCACUGGCGUUCACGUUGGUCAUGGCUCCUGCUAUAUACUUUAUGAGGCCGCGGUAUCCGCCGGCUAGGCUGAAAGAGGGCGACGAUAGGAAGAUCAAUUGGUCGCGGUUUGUCAAUCCUGUUCUUGCGGUUGUGUCCGCAAGCGUAUUCAUACAGGCGCUUGGCUAUUUCCCCGUGUCGAUCUACAUCCCUACCUACACUACCUCCCUCGGUCUGCCGCCGCUUGACGGGCAACUCGUUUUGUCUGUGUUCAACAUAUGUACCCUGAUUGGACAAGUAUUCCUAGGAUGGCUCUGCGACAAACUCCACUUCCACGCAGCCAUCAUCGUAGCAGGUAUCGGCUCGACACUAUCAGCGUUCUUGAUCUGGGGCUUCGCGAGCAACCUGGGCAUGAUCUUCGCUUUCGUGAUCGUGUUUGGGUUUACGGCUGGCGGUUUCUCAUCCAUCUUCGCACCCGUAGGUGCUGCCGUAUUUGGUUCUGAUCAGCUCUCGGCCGGGGUCAUACCCGGAUACCUAGGGGCUCUACGAGGCGUCGCCGCUAUCAUCGGCCCGAUCGUUUCUGCAACCCUGUACACGCCUGGCGAACCCCCGCUUUCGGGCAUAUACGGCAUGUAUGGGUUUGGGAAGAUGCAGAUAUUUGUGGGUGUCAUGACUGCUGUUACUGUUGCGGGUGGGAUCGGGUCCUGGGCAUUUGCGAAGGCGGAGAUGCGCCGUGGGAGAGUGGAAUAG